AAUCUCUUCUCGGCGAGUGCUGAUAAUUCAUCCCAUCUUAUACUGAUAAAUACUCCAAACACAAGCAUAGAAAGAGAGAGUGGGAGAGGGGUCGAGAUUUGAUAAGCUACAAUCUUAUUCUCGGUUCAUUCUCUUCACUUGGUUCAACGAGCCAAGAGAUUUUUCAACGAGUAUAAUUAGACGAUUCUUCAGUGAUAUUCCACGAUGUCUCGACAAUUGUUCAAAAAUGUCAUAUGUAAAACGAAUUUUCAGUUGACAAGAAAUUUGGUCAACGAUUCAAAAUACAGUUUUCUCAAACAGUUGGGUAUCACAGAAGAAAACUUGGGAUUUUAUGAUGGGAAAUGGGGAGGCUCGGGCAAGAUGAUCGAGUCGAUUUCACCGGCCACUGGAAAGGUGAUAGCAAAAGUUCGAGAAUCAAGCACAAAUGAGGCGAGCAAUGCCAUAAGCGAAGCACGAAAAGCAUGGCCGGAAUGGGCAUCGAUUCCAGCACCAGCAAGAGGUGAAAUUGUUCGCCAGAUCGGUGACGAGCUCAGGAAAAAUCUGAAACCUUUGGGUCUUCUGGUUUCGCUCGAAAUGGGUAAAAUACUGCCAGAAGGAAUUGGCGAAGUUCAAGAAUAUAUCGAUAUUUGCGAUUACGCUGUUGGCUUGUCGAGAAUGUUGCCGGGAAGUGUAUAUCCCUCGGAAAGGAAAAAUCACGCCCUCAUCGAAAAAUGGAAUCCACUCGGAGUCAUUGGCGUUAUCUCCGCAUUCAAUUUCCCCGUUGCGGUCUACGGUUGGAACAGUGCAAUAGCAAUGGUUUGCGGGGAUGCUGUAGUAUGGAAAGCCUCGCCUACGACUCCCCUCGUCUCGGUUGCAACGACUAAAAUCAUUGCUAAUGUUCUCGAACGGAACGGCAUUUCGGGUUCGAUAGCUUCUUUGGUUACCGGUGGAGCGGACGUCGGCGAGACUUUGGUCAAAGAUAAACGUCUCCCGCUCAUUUCGUUCACGGGAAGUACGAAAGUGGGUAAGCAAGUCGCCCUUAAAGUUCAGGAGCGUUUCGGAAAGUCCCUACUCGAGCUCGGAGGAAAUAACGCACUGAUAGUCGCGGCUGACGCCGAUCUUGAAAUGGCGGUCAGAGCAGCUGUGUUUUCGUGCGUUGGCACAGCUGGACAAAGAUGCACCACGACCAGACGUUUGAUCCUUGACAAAAAAAUCAAGGAAGAUUUUCUGAGAAGAUUGAAAAAAGCCUUUAAAAGUAUUGUCGAAAGGAUUGGUGACCCUUUGGACGAAUCUACGUUGUAUGGGCCGUUGCACAAUCAGCAAGCGGUCGACAGUUAUGCGUUGACAGUUAAAAAAGCCGUGGCGAGCGGCGGUGUUCUCGAGUUCGGUGGCAACGUGAUAGAUCGGCCAGGAUUUUAUGUCGAGCCAACAAUAAUAACAGAUUUACCAAUGACUGCGGACGUCGUACAAAAAGAAACGUUCGCACCAAUUGUUUACGUUCUCGAGUGCAAUUCCAUCGAGGAAGCAAUAGCUAUGAACAACGGAGUUGAACAAGGGCUCAGUAGCUCUUUGUUUACCAAAAACUUGUCCAACGUCUUUCAGUGGAUCGGACCACACGGAUCGGACUGCGGUAUUGUGAACGUAAACAUAGGAACGAGCGGUGCAGAAAUCGGUGGAGCAUUCGGUGGCGAAAAAUCGACGGGUGGUGGUCGGGAGAGUGGAAGCGACGCAUGGAAAAGUUACAUGCGACGAGCGACGGUGACGAUAAAUCACGGGGACGAAUUACCACUCGCGCAGGGUAUAAAAUUUGAGUAAAUUAAAAGCUCGUUAACGUCAAUUUUAAUAUUUACAGAUACAUAUUUAUAAAGGAUUGAUUCAUAACUCGAAUCUUAUAAGAUCGACUUUUAUAUCGACCGAGGAUUUCUUAUGAAAUUUGUAACUCUGUGGCAAAUCGUAACGGAGCUCGGCUAUUACUUUCCCUUUCAUUCCCAAUUG